CCGGCCCGGGGAGCCCCGCCCGGCCGGCACGGGAUGCCCGGGUGCGGGGAUCCCCGGCUCGUGGCCUUUCCCCGAGACUCAAAGUCCGCGCCGCAGGGAUGAGGCCGAGGUGUCACGGCCCGGACGUGGCAGCCACAGCACGGCGGCGGCGCAGCCCCGUUCCAGGUGUUCUGCAAGGUAAACAGGGCCAGCAUUUACUCUGUCCUCAGAAGACCUCAAGAAAGCGUUCUAAGUGCUUAUUCAAGCAACAUCGGCAGAGCCAGAGGAUUGUUUCUGCAGCUGACACUCCAUGCUGCCCCGCCAUGUGCAGAGGCUGGGCAGAGACUGGAUCACCCACUGGAAUGGCUCCCAGCUACUCACCUUGAACAGCCCAGUUUCCAGCUGUAUGAGAUGGGCCGGACACUCUCCUCCCUGGGCCUCGUUUCCACUCCCUAUUUCAGCUGAUUUCUCAGCAAACUGGAGAUUCCCUCCAGUCUUUGGACCUUGGAGAGAGUUUCAGAACUAUAACUGGCAUCUUGAUAACUACACACAAAGUUGUUGCUUUCACCUACCCAACCCCAGUAUGAAAUCUGAGGGAGAAGAGCCAUUGACAAAGAAGAGAAGACUCAGUGGCCAGGAUGAUACUUCGAGUCCUGAACAAGAAACAAACUUGUCUAAUCAGAAGGGAGUAUCUUGUCUUUCUGUAGCACAGAAUGAAGAAAAACACAGCAGCAAGAAAGGAACCAUCAAAAGACACUGGGAAUAUUUCUGUCAGCAGAGUAAAACAAUGAAAAUCGCUAAAAAUAAAGGAUCUGACCAAAGCAAUACAGGAAGUGACGCAACAUUUGAUUUUACAGUCAUGUCCUACAAUAUUCUCUCACAGAAUUUGUUGGAAGACAACUCUCACCUGUACAAACACUGCAGGCAGCGAUUGCUAUUCUGGACAUACAGAUUUCCCAACAUCCUACAAGAAAUCAAAGAGCUGGAUGCAGAUGUGCUCUGCUUACAAGAAGUCCAAGAAGACCACUAUAGAACAGAGAUCAAGUCGAGUUUGGAAUCCCUGGGGUAUCACUGUGAAUAUAAAAUGAGGACAGGGAGAAAACCUGAUGGCUGUGCCAUUUGCUUCAAAACUUCCAAAUUUAGCCUGAUUUCCUCAAACCCCGUGGAAUUUUUUCGCCGCGAUAUCCCACUCUUGGACAGGGACAACGUUGGACUGGUGUUGCUGCUGCAGCCCAGAUUUCAUUGUAAAGCCAGCGCUGCCAUCUGUAUUGCCAAUACACACCUGCUGUACAACCCAAGGAGAGGGGACAUCAAACUGACCCAGCUUGCAAUGCUCCUGGCAGAGAUAGCCAGUGUUGCCCCUCAGAAGCAUGGUUCCUUCUGCCCAGUUAUCAUCUGUGGGGACUUCAAUUCUGUUCCUGGCUCUCCAUUGUACAGAUUUAUAAAGGAAGGAAAGUUAAAUUAUGAAGGACUUGCUAUAGGGAAGGUCUCUGGACAAGAACAGUUUCCAAGGGGACAAAGAAUCUUAUCUAUACCAAUUUGGCCAAAAAAAUUAGGUAUUUCACAAAACUGUGUAUAUGAAAUAAAACAGCAACAAAAAGAAGAAAAUGCAGGAGAAAAAUUGGAAGCGGCAAAACCAGACAACCCUCAGGAGAUUGUAAUAGCAUCUGAAAAGUUGUCUUCAAAAUUGCGGCACCAUUUUAAAUUGUCUUCAGUCUAUUCUCAUUACUUCCCUGAAACUGGGAUACCAGAAGUGACAACUUGUCAUUCCCGAAGUGCUGUCACCGUGGAUUAUAUUUUCUAUUCUGCAGCAAAUGAUGAUACUGCUGCCCAGCCAGGAGCAGAGGAUUCUUUUUGUGGGGGUCUGAAACUUCUUGGCAGGCUGGCACUUCUAACAGAGAAAGAUCUUUGGACUGUUAAUGGUCUUCCCAAUGAAAAUAACUCUUCUGACCACCUGCCACUGCUAGCAGAGUUCAGGCUUAUUGAACGGUAAUAUCCAAAGGACUUUUGGUGUAGGUAAAGUUCCCUUUACCUUCUCUCUUCAUGGGAUGAUUAUUAUUUUUUUAAAAGGUUAAUCCAAGCACUGCUGGUCCAGUUAAAUAAGUUUGCCUGCAUGCUGAUUUGUUAGUGUUGUGUAAAAUAGACUUUCUAAAGGGACUUUCUUUUUAAACAAAAAAAUGUUUCAUUUACUUUAUGAAGUCCUUUAGGGAGAAAAAGGAAAGAUUUUACAUUAGCUUCCUCUUUGAUAAAGGAAAACAUCUGUGCCAGACUCAAAAUGGCAUUAUUUUUCAUGGAUAUGUUGUAAAUGAUUUUUAUUGUAAAUCACAGUAAAAAGGACUAUUCUGA